UGUAUAAUACACCUUUUAUGUUGAUGAACUGAAUAUUCUUAAUAUAUGUGUUUUUAGUGCUGAAUUAUUCUUGUUUGUCGAUACAGUUCCUUUAGGCAUAGUUUGGUAAUAGAUUAUCACUUAUAUCCCAGUCCAAACUGUAAUAGCUUUUAUUUCUGUUAUGUAGAUUUGGUGAAUCUGUUGUACUAUGUUUUGGAUAAAUUUGCUAACAUGCUUGUAAUUUAUUAAAAGCUCUUAAUCGUUUGUUGACUUGGUAUAACGGAAAUUUUAAUUUAUGUGAUGUUCCCAAUAUCAAUACAUCAGAUGAGCUGUAAUAUCUUUUGCAACAAUGUGUUUCAUGGUACCCUUAUGUGCCAACUUCUGCAAAAAUAUGGCAAUUGUAGGUCUCUUCUUUUGCCCAUUUCAAAGAAAAUAAAGGUGAUUUAAAUUGCAGGACUCCCAACCUGAUGUGACAUAAGUUUAUAUCUCUGUAAGUGCUAAGGAAGUUUUAUCAACCAGUGGGGGUUGAAUUGAAUAGAACUGGUAAAAGCUUAAUUUACUAGUGGCCUAGUGACAUAGGCACAGAAUAUCGAUUUGGAUUCUUGGGGAAGAUAAAUGCACUUGGCUAUGUUGAAGGAAUAGAGAUACGAAGAAGCAAAGAAAGUUAAAAGAGCUUGAGGGUCACUCUGCUCCCUGUGCUGACAUUUACAAUCUCUUCUUACCACUUAACCUUCCCCUUUCUACUGUAUAUAAGCUGUAUUCUAUUUCCUUUUUUUGUUUAUAUUCUUUUAGAGGCGAUCUUUAAUCCACUUACUAGUCUUCUAUUUUUCUCCUUACCCAUGGUUGCAUAUUUCAGUGUAAUUGUAUACUUCUUACUUUUUUUUUUUACUUGCAACAUUUCUGUUAUCGCAUUUUAACGAGAAAAUACGAGUUUAUUUUCUUGAUAAACAAAAUAUGUUUAUCAAAUGGCAAAACUGUAAAUAAAUCAACAACUCUUUAUUUAAAAAUGGACCCACAAUAGUAGAUUUAUUUACAAAUAUACCAUGAUGACUAGAAAAUGGACCCUACCAAAGUUGAUUUAUUUACAAUUAUGCCAUGAUAAGUAGGCAAUUUUGUUGAUUUAUUUACAAUUUUGCCAGUUGAUAAACGAAUUUUGUUUAUCAAGGAGAUAAAGUGGGGCUUCCUCCAUUUUAAUCAUUUAUAUCUUCAAUCAUGCAUUUGUAAAAAUUAAGCAUUAGAUUCUAAUAAGGUUGACAUUGAUACGAAUCUAACGAGAUCUCAUAUGACUAUAUAUUCUAUAAGUAUAAAUCACGACAUGUAAUUGAAGUUGAGUAUGUGAAUAGUGUACCCUAUUGGGAUGUUGCAAGUAAAAACGGAGGAGGUAUUGAGUGUAGAUGUACUUUACAAUUCUACUUCCGUGUAUUUUUUUCCCCGGGUGAGGGGUGGGAGAGAGCUCAGUUCAUCACUUAGACCAGCUGGAGCAUUUACUAAAUUAUUGCUUUUUUUAUUUUAUUUUAUAAGGUAGUCUAUUCCUAUGCAUUAUUACAUGAUAAAAGUUAGAAUUAUAUGUUUCUAAUUCCAUUUCUGUUCAGUUCAUCAUUUUUUGGUUAAUUUUCUCUUGCAUUUUUCUAGACAAUCUGAGAAGAAAAAUGGAAUUGCUAUGCGGAGGCCUCAUAUCUGUAUUGAAAUUUAGGACAAAGUCUCUUUAUUUUUUUAAUAUUUUUUUUGGGAAUUGAUGUAUCAGACACUCAGUUAUGUACCUAUAUCCUCACAUCCAAGUCCAGGUGACAUAGGCUGUUCUUAUGUAACUAUUAUAUUUUGCGUUGGAUCCCCAGAGCUCUAUUAUUGAGUAAUAUAUGGAUUCCUUCCAAUAUAUGUGUAGGUAUCUUGGCGAGUUUGAUAGGAUUGCAAGUUUGCAACAUUUGACUUGGAAGCGGGGUUUAAUCUGGCAGUGGACAAUGCCUUUUAAGUCAUGCUUGUGAGACGUGCAGUUUUUGAAGCACUUUCGAGGUGUACAAGACCGGCAAGAUUAUGGGAUCUUUAUGCUUUUAUUUGCGGGCCUUCUAAAUAUAUUGGCAAUAAUCCAAGGGUCCGGCUGUUAGAUGAAUAUUUUCGGCUUCUUGGCAUACGAUCCCACUUUCGGCCAUCAGAUAAUAUGAUUGAUGAGGGAUCAUAUACGUUGUCCAAUAAUUGGUGGAGAAUAAGUAGUAUAAAUUCCAACUACACAUUGUGUGCCACUUACCCAUUUGCUUUGAUUUUUCCCAAAUCCAUUACUGACGAAGAAAUAUUACAGGCUUCCACUUUCCGGGCUAGAUGUCGUCUUCCUACAAUUUCUUGGUGCCAUCCUGGUACUGGAGCUGUACUAGCACGCUCAUCUCAGCCGUUAGUUGGUCUCAUGAUGAACAUGAGGAGCAAUGCUGAUGAAAAGCUAGUGGCCGCACUUUGCACACAGUUCGCUAGUCUAAAGGAUGGGAGGAGGAAGUUAUAUAUUGCUGAUGCAAGACCUAGGAAAAAUGCUUUAGCAAAUGGCGCAAUGGGAGGUGGUUCUGAGUCAGCUGCUAAUUACUUCCAGUCAGAGAUAGUUUUCUUUGGCAUAGACAAUAUACAUGCUAUGAGAGACAGCCUGUCCCGUCUUAGAGAAUAUUUGGAUACUUACGGGACCACUUCAUCUGAUGGAAUGUCUUCGUAUCUUAGACAUGGAGGGUCAACGUGGGGGGGUGGUAAUCUCAGCAGUAUGUCUACUUCAGUGUCAACCCUUGGUGACAGUGGGUGGUUGAUACAUGUCCAGAGUGUUUUGGCUGGUGCUGCCUGGAUUGCUGCACGCAUCGCAAAGGAAUCUGCAUCAGUUCUUGUUCAUUGCAGUGACGGUUGGGAUAGAACAACUCAAUUGGUCUCGCUUGCAAGCUUGCUGCUCGAUCCUUACUAUCGGACAAUUAAGGGCUUUCAGGCACUUGUUGAGAAGGAUUGGCUUGCUUUUGGUCAUCCAUUUUCUGAUCGUAUUGGUCUACCAAGUUUAUCUGGGAGUGGAACUAUGCCUCUAGAACUUUCUUCCAGUGGUAGUUUCCAUUCAUCUCCUGUACGUCAGCAGUCUGGAUCAACACAACCUUCUGGCUCUUCACACACACACAGCUCACACAGUUAUUCGCCUAUCCUGUUACAGUGGGUUGAUUGUGUUUCACAGUUAUUGCGAAUGUAUCCUUUCGCUUUUGAAUUUUCCUCGGCCUUUCUGGUUGAUUUCUUGGAUUCUGUGCUCUCUUGUCGCUUUGGAAACUUCCUAUGUAAUAGCGAAAGGGAAAGACAACAAUGUAGAGUUUCUGAGGCUUGUGGAUGCUUGUGGAGCUACUUGGAUGAUAUGCUAUCCUGUGAUGAUCAAUCACAUGCGCACUACAAUCUCUUUUAUGACCCAAUGAAACAUGAUGGUCCACUAUUACCUCCGGCUGCUGCUCUUGCUCCUACACUGUGGCCACAGUUCCAUCUUCGUUGGGCUUGUCCGAAAGAAGUUGAGGCUGGGGACCUAGAUGCUAAAUGUAGAAGCAUGGCUACCAAAUUCUCUGAACUGCAGAAGGCUAAGGAUACAGCAGAAAGGAAGGCAAGGGAAAUUACAGCUGCCAUGGAAUCUCUGACCUCGGAGUUGAGAAAUGAGAAGCAAUUGAGCAGCACUGCUGUGCUCUUGGCUAAAAAGGCAAGCAAGGAAAAUGCUGCUAUCAAGCGUGCAAUCCAGUCAUUGGGUUGCAAGAUUCACUUCUCAAGCAGUGGGGAUACUGCUGUUGAUGUUGAACACUACAAGACUGAGUCUCCUCAAAAGUCAAUUUACUCUCCUCCCGAACGAGAUUCAGAUAGAAUGCUGCAGUUUGAUGACAAGUCAGAUCUUUCUGUGUCCAUUGCACUCAUGCCUGAUGAUGAUGAUGUUCCAACUGAUUCUUUUAGUCGAAUAUGUGAAUCACUUUGCCCGCUACGCUCUCCUGAUGGCCAAUGUAGGUGGCCUGAAGCAGGUUGUGCUCAGAUUGGAAGCCAAUUUGUUGGUCUGAAGGCAAACUUUGAUGCUUUUGAUCGGUUGUCUAUAGAUGAUGGUUACUUCUGAUACAUUUUCGUUCCAAAUUUUGUGCUAAUCUUUGGUUUUAGGCAAUCUAUUUACCAGUUCAUUGUAUUGUCAGAGAGAAGUUAGGUGCUGUUGGUGCAAAGUUUAAGCUGAAGAAAUUCUCAUUUUUCAGCAAUUUGUGCAACACUUGCAGCAAAGUAGGUGACUUAUGACCCACCUUUUGAUUCGGGUCUUGGGUUUGUACAGUCCAUACAGCAUAUAGAGUUGGAAGCUUCGUUUUACUAAUGCUGAUUGUAAGAAGAAAGCUUAAACUGAUUUUUCAGAGUCGAACAUUGGUGAGAUGCUGCUUUUUAUUUGCCGAUUAACCCUAAAAUAGAUGCCACCUCCGGUCUUUUCUAAAAUAAAGGUGAUGAAAUUGUACAGUAUUCACAUACUUUUUUUUUUUUUCUUUUUCCCCCCGAAGGUACAGCAUUCACAUAGUUGCUGCAACUAUCCUGUAUAUGAUUUAUUCUUGCCAAAAAUCCAUCUUGUAAUAUUUAAUUUUUUUGGAUUGUAAAUCAAGAUUUUAAUAUUGUUCUUUAUGA